AAGUCAAACGCGCCGAUAAGAGUCCCCUCUGGCAGAUUAGAAAAUGUUUGUCUGCAUUAUGUGCUGCAUCGCACGCUUGCCUGCCACGCCUUGGGCGCUGAUUUAAAAGCUCUGCUGGCCUUUCGCACCCAGUUGCCGCGAGCAGCCGCUAGCUAACGUCAACGCUCAACUUCCUGCUAGUGUUGUCCUGUCUGUUGUGUUGCUGGGUCGUUGGGUGAACGCUGCCACGGAGCGGUUCGUCUUCGUGCGCUGCAGGCAUCAAUACUACAAUGUCUUCACGUCAAGAUCAAGCAAAGAACAUCACAUGACUGACCAGAAGAUGCCAUAGUCAUACAGCCGCUCUUUCACCCUUUCAACUCCCAUAGGGUCCCGGGCAACAGGGGCGAUGCCGGGCACUCGGCAGAAAAGCGGCAGGCAUUCGCUGUGGCGCUUUCUGCUCCCGCUUCGCAUCGGUCAAGAGCGAGUGGUGUUGGCCCGCAGCGAGAGCCUACCCAGUGACCAGGUGCUGAAGAUCACCGUCACAGAGACCACCGUGAUCAAGGGCGGCUCGGGGGUCUUGAACCGCCGCUCCCUCACCUACCUGGCUCUCUGGUACUUCUUCAGCUUCUGCACCCUCUUUCUCAACAAAUACAUCCUGUCACUGCUGGAGGGGCAGCCGAGCAUGCUGGGUGCGAUUCAGAUGCUUUCCACCACCAUCAUUGGCUUCCUCAAAAUGUUUGUCCCCUGCUGCCUUUACCAGCACAAGUCCAGGAACGAUUACCCCCCCAACUUCAUCAUGAUCAUGCUCUUUGUUGGACUGAUGAGGUUCACCACGGUGGUCUUGGGCUUGGUGAGCCUGAAGAACGUGGCGGUGUCUUUUGCAGAGACUGUGAAGAGCUCUGCACCCAUUUUUACUGUCAUCAUGUCCCGGCUGAUUCUUGGAGAGUACACAGGCUUGUGGGUGAACCUCUCCCUCUUCCCCGUCAUGGCGGGCCUGGCGCUCUGCACGGCCACAGAGCUCAGCUUCAACUUGCUGGGCUUCUCCGCCGCGCUCUCCACCAACAUCAUGGACUGUUUACAGAAUGUCUUCUCCAAGAAACUAUUGAGUGGUGACACUUACAAAUUCAGCCCUCCAGAAUUGCAGUUUUACACCAGUGCAGCAGCAAUCAUUAUGCUCAUCCCAACCUGGAUUUUCCUCUUGGAAACUCCAGCAACUGAGAAGAGCGGACAGACCUUCACCUUCAACCGGGACAUCGUCUUGUUGCUGCUUUUCAAUGGCGGCCUGUUUCACCUGCAGAGUGUCACUGCCUACGCUCUUAUGGGACGCAUUUCUCCAGUUACUUUCAGCGUCGCAAGCACCGUCAAGCACGCCCUAUCCGUGUGGCUGAGCGUCAUCGUGUUCAGCAAUCAGCUCACCGUGCUCAGCGCCACCGGCACCUUCCUCGUGUUCGUGGGGGUUUUCUUGUACAACAAGGCCAGGCAGGCCCAGCGGCAGCGCUUGCAGGCCAUGGCCGCACAGCAAAACUACAAACUACUCCCACAGGACCAGGACGCCCAACAAGGCCCAACGUCUCACUAAAGACUCCACAUUUCAAAACUCUCGGAAUCAUGGCUUCAAACCAAUGGCCGGAUGUUUUUGUCGCUGUGCGCACAUUCCAGGAAUGGAGGACCAGCGUAAUAAUUUUCAGGUAUGAUCCAAUUUGGAAAGUAACUCUUGUUGAAAGACUCCUGCGGAAUGUUUAUUGGCAGUUGGCAACAGUCAAGCCUCAUUGUUUUGAUUUGACAAAAUGAGAAGCUCAGGGUGUCCUUCAGCAUUUUUGGAGGCAGUGACCUUCUGUAAGCAUUUUGCUUUACAUCUCGAUUCCAGGCUGGGCCAGUGAAUCUCGUCUGUGGCACAGCGGCUGCUGAAUGUACGCCACGGCUUUGACUUGGGGCACGUAGACUUGGCUACACUGUGGAAAUGCCUGCCAAAGUGUCAAUUUAGACCACUUGACACAUUUUAAGAUGAGUCUUAAAAAUAAUAUAAAAUAAUAAAAUUACUGCAUUCCAGGAAUGCUCAUCCUCAGUUGUGAUUAGACUCAUUCCCAGCGCAUGCUGGAAUUGAAGCUUCAGCUUCUUGUGCAGGUUGAAUGGAUCAAUGGGUUUGCUUAACCUCCCAAGUUCGUCAAACUUUGGUCAAAGGCUUUGUGUGUGUGACGAGUGUGUGCAUGUGGAGAGUGUGUUUCUGCACCACAUUUUGAAAGUAAAAUAACAUUUUGGCUAAAGUUGCGUCACACCUGUUGUCCUGAAUGGAAGAACAUAUACAAUUGUUCUUCAUUAGCAGCUAUAACAGCCUCCACACUUCUCACAGAUGAAAGGACCAAAAAAUCCUAACAGACAGUCCAAGAUCUUUUACAACAUUUUCCCAGAUUACGUUUCACUGAUGUUGGACCAUCUCCGCUGCAGUUCAUCCCAAAGUUGUUCGCUGGGCAAGUACCUACCCUGCGUCUUUCCUAACCCCGCGACCCCAGUGAGGAUAAACAUUAUAGAAAAUGGCUGGAUGGAUACCCAAAAAUACUGCCUUUAAGAUAUCAUAGACAUUAUGUACAGUGGACCCCCACAUACUCACAGUUCGGCUCCUGUGGAUUCCCCUAUUCACAGAUUUGUUUUUCUUUUAAUUUCUAUUUAAAAAAAAAAAAAAAAUGAUUAACAUUUUUUUUUUGGGUGCUGGGAAACCAACCCUGAAAUCCUUUUUGACGGUUUAUCCCCGCUUAUUGAAGAGUCUUUGGGGUUUAAAAUAUUUGUUUUUUAAAUUCCCUAUGUAAUUAUAAUGGCCGUCAAUUAUCCGCAAAUUUUCGCUAUUUGCGGUCCGGCCCGGUCGACCACUCGCUAUUCGCAGGGGUCAACUGGAUCCAGAGACAACAGUUACUACCUGUACUUCCACACCAAAUUCACCCCACCAUGCCUUUAUGGACGUCACUUGGGUCAUACUGGAAGAGAAAAUGGCCUUCCUCAAACUGUUCCCACUAAGUUGAAAGCACACAAGACAGAAAAAGUGAACUUGCCAAUACUUUGGUCUGUAGAGAGUAAAUGUAAAAUGAGUUUAGUGAUUCAAUGCAGCACAAGUCGAGAGCCAUCAUGUAGGAAAGAACAUACAUGUACAUUUGCUUACUUUUUUUUUUUUAAAUUAUCAUUAUUUCAGCACCUUGGCCUCUGUCUAAAACAUUUUAAUAAUACCCAGCUCGACUCUCGAAACCGGCUUUCCUUAUUCUUUAGAAGGGUGCUGCCAACAAAGUUAAUUUGCAUCUCUGAAAGGGAAGUUUUUAUUUUUAAUGCUUUCGCAGCUGCAUUUGUUUAGUUUAUUUGUUGUAAGAAAACAGUCAGUGUUUGUGGUUUAUUUUGUUUGAAUCCUGAUAUCGUUCAAACGUGCCACCCAAUAUUCCUGUAAUCAUUUUCAUCUUUGGUGCUUGGAAAUGUGUUGUGUGUUUUUAAAUGAAAUAUUUGGGUGUGUGCAAAUCAGAGGUUGAAGGAUGAGGACAGAGAGGAGGCGGAGUCAUUCCCAAACUCAGUGCGCCAAGGCCCAAUUUGAAUUCUAGAAAUCCUCUAAAGCGCACCAAAACAUCAACACGUGAAUCCCAAAUACCGUUUUCAUAACCAAAAUAAGAAAAUGGCCGGCACGGUGGAUGACUGGUUAGCACAUCUGCUUCACAGUUCUGAGGACCGGGGGUUCAAAUCCCAGCCCCGCCUGUGUGGAGUUUGCAUGUUCUCCCCGUGCCUGAGGGAUUUUUCUCUGGGCACUCCGGUUUCCUCCCACAUCCCCAAAACAUGCGUGGUAGGUUGAUUGAAGACUCUAAAUUGCCCAUAGGUGUGAAUGUGAGCGCGAAUGGUUGUUGGUUUCUAUGUGCCCUGCGAUUGGCUGGCGACCAGUGCAGGGUGUACCCGCCUCCUGCCCGAAGAUAACUGGCAUAGGCUCCAGAAGCGGUAAAGAAAACCGAUGGAUGAUUAUGAUAAUGUUAAUGUUAAUCAGUCCAAAUCCAGAAUUAUGUUUUAUCCAUCAAAAUAUUAAAAUAAAGAAAUUAAUUUAGGGCGACCCCCCCCCCUUGGCAGAUAGUUUGGGGAUGAGGAACUAUGGAAUGGAACGCAUGUCUUUUAUUCUUGUUGGUUCAAUUAGGUGUGUAAGAUACAGAUAUGAUUUUAGUUUAACAUUAAUAUUUCAA